UCCAUGUCUCGCAUCUCUAUGCGCUUGCUCUUCAGGAAAAGAGCAUCUCCAGGAUACUUACCUGGGAUAUGCCACUCAUAUGUGGCACUACUGCUUUUACUCAUCUUUGGGUGAUUAGACUAAUCAUUGAACAGCUCAAGAUAGCUAUAGAAUUCUUGGCUCCGGAGAGUGCAGCUUAAACUAGUAGCAAAUACACCGCUCUUAGGACAGCCAAAUUGCUAUGCAUACCUACAGGGGCAGCUCCAAUUGUUUGAAAAUGGCUCUCAACACUGUCUAUCUCUAUGCAUCCAUCAAGCAUUGGAUACUACUAAACAAAGAUGGCACAAUCUCUUUAUGCCAUUGUCAUGGGCCGAAUGCCCUUGUUUCGCUUUCAAAUAAUCUUAACUGGCCUUAUUUCCUCUUUGUUGUUCCGUCUUAUAUAUGGACUGCGUUGAACAAUCAUGUGUGGACCAUGGUCGCUUUAAAAUAUAAACCAGGAUAUCAAGAUCUCCCUGGUGCAGAAGAUACUCCUUCCUGAGACUCCUCAACUGGAUUUAUCAUUUUAUUCCAUGGAAUAGCUGUUGGUAUCACUAAUGCCUGGAACAAAAGCCGUACGGCAUACUGCUUUUCACCUUGAUAGUCUCACAUCUGUGCUGCGUUUCCCCGACUAUUGAACUCAGUUAUAUCUUGUUCGAAGUGCAGCUAAUCUGAAUCAUAUACAAUGUCGUCAGAAAACAGUGACGCAAGACCAGCAAAGGAGGAGGAUGAUUUUAAAUAUAACCCUGAGCUCAACUACCCCAUGGUCAAGCUGGCUGACCUACCCGAGCCCCCCAAGAAUUGGCGAGUCUGUGGGCGAACAGCAGAAGAAGCUUCCAAAGCUCGAAAAGCAACCAGCGAGGAAGCGAAAAAGUGGGUUCGAUAUCACAGUUGGGGCAUCGACAUGGGAGUGAAGGGUGACUUGACCAAUCUCAGAUGCUUCAAAGUCCUGUGGAAACUCUUCUACUACCAGCAGGACAAACAUCGACCGCAGGAUUUUGACCAGAUCAAAGACUUUAAGACAAGAGAUGCUGGUCCUCGGCUGUUGCAAUGUUCGGUGGAUGUCCCUGAUCUCCUUCCCAUUAGUAGGUAUUACCCUCACCCACCCCCUGCCACCAGGCUUCCGGCAGAAGGAUUCCACAGGCCUCUCGAUGCUCUAGCGAGCAGGCCAGAUAGUCACAUAGAACAGAUGCUGUAUCCGGUAUUUGGCGCACCGAAGGAAAUCGACAAUUUUCCCGAAGAGAUCGAGACACCUACCGCUCAGAUCACGGGCAAUAGCACGGGAAACAGAAAUCAACCCAAAGUGCGUCUUCCCAAAGCCAUGGCCCGAUCUAUUAUGGAGGCCAUUGAACGCACUGUGAUGCAAUUCGCCUAUGACGACCUCGCGCGAGAUUGCAGCGCUGCUGCUCAGGAUGGUCAGGUACACCUGACUGCGACGGCGGAAGAAGAUCUACGGCAAGCCAAUAUCGGGUCCUUUCCCGCUACAUCCCAUCUGAAGCUCGCUGUGGAUCCUGACAAUAACGAUAGACUAGUGUUCAGUGCGGACGGCGAUAAAUACCCUUACAGAGGCCGCGGACCCGUAUACCGCAACAAUUCUUCUGCUAUCGACAGUAUCAUUGUCGUCGGUAAGUUGCUCGACGCCGGAUCCACCGUACUGGACCGCAAAGAUCCCGAAUGGCGCGGGCGCUUCACCAAUGUGGAAAAGGCGUUUAUUGAAGCCACUGAGGUCAAUUGGGAUCUCUGCACCAGAGGUGAUUCUCGAGAUCGCUUCUGGGCAGUGAUGGCGGCGGAGACUGAGAAUGUCGGAGUGGGUGUACAAUCUCCUCUCCUUGACAUGUGGAAUGUGUCAACCGAACACUUCAACCAGUUCUUGUUCACAUAUGAUGAGCAGACUACGUUCUGCUCCCCGUGCACGAGCAGGACUACAAAUGCUGCAUACCAGAGCGCGACGGUGGCGCCGCCUACAUGCCCGGAAGACAUCAAGGGAGUAUCGAUGCAGCAAUUGAUCUCCCGUUCAUUUGCAUCGGAAUACAUCAGCCGCUGCGGCAAAUGCCAACAGAAAGCCGUGAAGUGUCGGAGAAUGCUGCAUGGCCUACCGAUGCGCCUGACGGUAACUCUUGACGGCAGUGUGCCCGUCAAGAAACACACCCGAGAUAUCUCGUUCGACUAUAUCACGAAUGAUGGUCAACGAGGAACAGCAGCAUACCGCUGGCUAGGCGGGAUAUACUGUAAGGACGGCCACUACCGGGUCUACUGGAAUGACACUAAGCGAGGAGAAGUCGAUACAGGCCAGAUCCAGAUGUAUGACAGUGCCAUGAUUUCGGGUAUCAUCGUCGGAGGUAUCUCCCAAACACACAGGGACGACAAAGUACCCGAAGCUUGGUGGAAGAAUAAGCCUGUGCCGCUCCUUGUCUAUGAACGCGUUAUGAAUCCAGAUGACGAAGUCCUCAAUGUGGCCUUGCACACAUUAGGUGACAUGGUCAAGGUCAGAGACCAGCAGAAAUUACUCCUUCAGGGGCAUAUUUUCUGGGCCCCCUCGGAACCCUCAAGAGCGCGGGCGGGUUUUCCGUGGAGGCGACUCAUCGAUCGAAAGGAAGAUCGCUUUCAUCAGGCCUCAGGCGCUUAUGGCCCAAUAGGCCAAGGCCAGAUAUCGACGGAGCCUUCAGGCGUUGAUCGCCAUACUAACAUUCCCGGCCCAUCUUCAGCGGGCCCAUCGAAGAUCGAUGCCGGACACUUGACGUCUUCAGCACCCGCGCCACAGCCGCAACCUGAGAUAGGGAGGAUAUCGCCCUCGUUGUUUGAUACUCCGACUGCUUCUAUGUUUGCUGAAAUCUCACCUCUCCUCGCACUUGCCAAGACCCCUUCAUUGUCGGGUCUCGAGUCUAUUAUAGAGGACACCGUGCUGAUCAACGAACAGCUCAAUGGCCUGCAUCAAGGACAAUAUAGCGCGCAAAAUAGCGUACAAAACAAUGCACAAUCUGAUACACAAUCCAGCUCGCAGCUUCAGGCGCAGUAUAACAUACAGCAGACUACGCAGCCGAGUGGACAGCAACACGGCCAGCUUCAUGGGCAAUGCAACAACACACCGCCGAAUACGCAGCACCAGAGACCAUAUAACACAUCUCGCAAUACACAGUCUACUACGCGGCAACCAACCGGAUAUAACGCACAGCAUCCGACGCAAUACAAUAGACAAUACAGUGUACAGCCAAGUACACAUCCUCACGAACCGCAUAGCACACUAAGCGAUACAUCAUUUGACCUGCAGGACAUGAUACAUGACGGGCUUCUGCACGAUUGGGCUACUGGAAGCAUCGACGACCUCGGUAAUACAGCGUUCGGUUUUCCAGAGCUCAGUAUCCCCGAACUCAACAACGGCAUAUUUGUCCCACCCCAGCCGAAUCACGCUAACAGUACGAACAGUGCACCAGUUACCGUCGAGCAUAACUUCCACUCUUCUCAUCAGAACAGCAACCAGGGGGCCUCGAUGCCGCAGUAUAUUGAUCCCAGCGUCUUGACUGCAGCUCCGCAGAGUUCAUCAUCGCUACCACAGCAGGUUCAGCCGAGGCCUAUGGAGGGUCGAAGGCCUCCGUCGCAAGUUGCACCUGCGGCAGGUGCUCGAUUGCACAGCCACGGGAAUGUAGCUAGCCCCUACAUGUCAGCAAACCAGAUGCCACGAGGGUCAAAAAGAAAAAGAGCCGAUGAGACAGAAGCACGGCGGUAUCCGCCGAAUUUGCGUUGACAUCCCUCUUGGCAUAUUUUCCUCAUAAGACAUGAUGUAUUAUUCAUAGCAUUUGAGCGUUUUCUAUAGCUUCUCCUAUUCUUCCUGUUGAAUCAUAUUAUAACAUGAUGAAUUUAUUUGUUAAGCGUAAAAGUGGAUUGUGGAGAUAUAUUUCUUGGAACCAAGUAUUAUCCAGCAACAUAUCGUGCGGCCCACACACUCUAGUCACCAACCUGUCCACACCACACCAGUCUCAACACUCGCAUUAAAUGACUUAAGGAGAAAGGGGUCAGUGAGCGGCAUUUGCUUCCGGGGAAUUCUUUGCCUGUUUAAGCGACAUAAAGGAACCGUUUCAUUUCCCAUGCAUUAAAUUAUGUGUUGUCGGGAAGGUCGACCAAUGACGGGACGGUUAUAAGUCAGUCUGUGCGAGCAGCUUCCCCGCAUUUUUCUACUCCAGUUUCUUUUCCUAUUAUCAUCUCCAUCCCUUCUUUCGCCUCUCUCCUUUGCAGUUUUCU